CUGAAACUCUGCCCUGGGAGGGGAUUGACGAAGGUGCCCAGCAGGGACUGAGCAGCGGAGGGGCCGGGUGUGCUGCUCUCUCGGCCUUCUGCUGCCGUGCCGGAGGGAUGGAGGCCCUCAAUGUGUCAGCCCCACUCAACUUCUCCCUGCCGCCCAACUUCGGCAAGCGCCCCACCGACCUGGCGCUGAGCACCAUCCUGGUGGUCAUGCUGCUCAUCAUGAUGCUCUCGCUGGGCUGCACCAUGGAGUUCAGCAAGAUCAAGUCUCACUUCUGGAAGCCCAAGGGGCUGGCCAUCGCCCUGAUGGCGCAGUACGGCAUCAUGCCCCUCACUGCCUUCGCGCUGGGCAAGAUCUUCCGGUUGAACAACAUCGAGGCACUAGCCAUCCUGAUCUGCGGCUGUUCCCCUGGGGGGAACCUGUCCAACGUAUUCAGUCUGGCCAUGAAGGGGGACAUGAACCUCAGCAUCGUGAUGACCACCUGUUCCACCUUCAUUGCCCUGGGCAUGAUGCCCCUCCUCCUGUAUAUUUACUCCCGGGGGAUCUAUGAUGGGGACCUGAAGGACAAGGUGCCCUAUGGAGGCAUUGUGUUAUCACUGAUCCUGAUUCUCAUUCCUUGCACCAUAGGCAUCUUCCUCAACAGUAAACGGCCACAAUAUGUACGCUAUGUCAUCAAGGGAGGAAUGAUCAUCAUGCUUUUGCUCAGUGUGGCCAUCAUAGUGCUUUCUGUCAUCAACGUGGGCAAGAGCAUCAUGUUUGUCAUGACACCCUACCUGUGGGCCACCUCCUCCCUGAUGCCCUUCAUCGGCUUCCUGCUGGGCUACGUUCUCUCUGCGCUCUUCCGCCUCAAUGGACAGUGCAGACGCACUGUCAGCAUGGAGACUGGAUGCCAAAAUAUUCAACUCUGCUCCACCAUCCUCAAUGUGACCUUUCCCCCUGAAGUCAUCGGGCCACUUUUCUUCUUUCCUCUCCUCUACAUGAUUUGCCAGCUUGGAGAAGGGCUGCUCCUCAUUGUCAUCUUUCGGUGCUAUGAGAAAAUCAAGCCUUCCAAAGAUAAAACAAAAAUGAUCUACACAGCUGCCACCACAGAAGAAACCAUCCCAGCAGCUCUGGGAAAUGGUACCUAUAAAGAGGGGAGCUCCCCGUACACAGCCUAGCCUCCCCCCGUGACCUGGAUUCAGGUCGGAAGGAGAUUCAGAAGACCGGUGUGGUAAACUACAAAGAAAGCAGAAAGAUGGAAAGAACACACCAGCAGUGUCUGAGUCUUUCUCCAACAUUUCCAGCAGAAACGAUCAGAAUCAUCAAAACAUCAAAAGCCUUGCCUGGAAGACGGGGAGGAGGGGGUGUUCUACCCUAAAAGCCUCACCUCAUUCCAGCUUAGAAUUUGAUACUUGUUUAAAAAAAAAAAAAAGUAAAGACUCGUUCAGUGACAACCCUAUGAAGGGAACCAAAACUGCUUCUGCCAUCUCUAGAACAGUGCCUGGUAGGCAUAUAAAAGGCACUCGAUUUCUUGUGACCGGGUGGGUCAGUUGAUUGUAGCAUUGUUCCAUACUCCAAAAGGUUGUGAGUUCGAUCCCCAGUUGGGGUGCCUCCGGGAGACAACUAAUUGAUGUUUCUCUCUCACAUCGACGUCUCUCUCUCUCUCCCCCUUUCUUCUUCUCUCUUUAAAGUCAAUAAAAACAUAUCCUUGAAUGAGGAUUUCCCCAGAAAAGGCACGUGAUU